AUGAAAGCGGCCGUUGUCCAGGCCGAGCCAGUCUGGUUUGACCUUGCAAAGACAGUCGAGAAGACUUGCAAGUUGAUCAAGGAGGCUGCUUCUAAUGGAGCACAGAUCGUUGCGUUUCCUGAGCUUUGGCUCCCAGGAUAUCCCACCUGGAUUUGGCAAGUAAUCAUCUGGCGUAUAAUGGCCCGCCCUAUGGACUUGGAAAUGUCUGUCAAAUACAUCAAGAAUUCUAUGAGAGUCGACUCAGAAGAAAUACAAGCGAUCCAAUCCUGCGCGGCAGAGAACAAUAUUGUGGUUUGUGUUGGAUUCUCGGAAUCGUGCGGCGGCUCCGUCUACAUCGCUCAAUGCACUAUUGAUAGCAACGGCGAGAUUCUGAUGACGAGAAGAAAACUGAAGCCGUUUCAUAUCGAAAGAACCCUGUUUGGCGAUGGUGGUGGAAAAUCUCUUGAUAAUGUCGCCUCGACUACAGUGGGCAGAGUUGGACAGCUAUCUUGCGGCGUACGUGAAGACAUUCAUUGUGCAGCAUGGCCUUGCGUGCCUACUCACUUGGGCGGUCCAGAGCCAUAUUCCAUGUCAGAUGAAGCUGUGGCAUCAAUCUCUCGAGUGUAUUCCAUUCAAGCUCAGUGUUACACCUUGCAUUCUACGACCGUGAUUACUGAGCCAUCUAUCGAACAGAUGGGGACAAAGCAAGCUCCAGUGUUCAAUGUGCCGGGAGGUGGUAAUGCAAAGAUAUUUGCGCCCGACGGGCGUCAACUCACAGAAGAUCUGCCAGCGACUGAAGAAGGGAUGGUCAUGGCAGACCUUGAUUUGGAUCAAAUCACAAUGCAUAAAUCGCUUCUAGAUAUUUGUGGACACAACGGUCGUCCUGAGCUCUUGUGGUUAGGUCGAGAUAGCUUUGAGAAGCUGCCAGUUCGUAGCAGCUAA